AUGGCGGAACACGACCAAGACCAAGACCAAGCGCAAGGGCCCCUCCCCGUCAUCAUCAUCGGCGCCGGUGUCAGCGGCCUGCUACUCGCCCAGUUCUUCCGCAAGAACGGCAUCCCCUUCCGCAUCUUCGAGCGAGACACGGACCUGACUACCCGCGGCGUCGGCUGGGGCUUGACUCUGCACUGGUCGCUGCCGGCCCUGAGGGCUCUCUUGCCCGAAGACCUGGUCUCCCGGCUGCCAGAGGCCUACGUCGACCGCGCCGCCGUUGCCAGAGGUGAGGCCUCCGCGUUCCCUUUCUUCGACCUGAGCACCGGCGAGCUCAAGGGCGCAAGUCCCCGCGCGCCGGAGAGUCUGCGGAUCAGAGUCACCAGGGAGAGGUUGCGUCGGCUUGUUGCGACCGACAUCGAUAUCCAGUGGGGGAGGGCCUUUGCCAGCUUCCAAGAAAAGGAGGGCGCUGUUGUUGCGACUUUUGAAGAUGGCUCGACAUGCACCGGUCGCGUGCUUGUUGCGUGCGACGGAGGGGCAUCCCGAGUCCGGACACAGCUCUUCCCGGAUCAGCAUGAGAGGCACCGGAUCCCGGUCCGGGUCCUUGGCUUGAAGGUGUUCUUGUCACCCGAUCAAAUGGAGCCGAUCAGGAAGCUUGAUCCCUUCUUUCUGCAAGGAACGUCGUCUCAGAAUGACACCUUUCUCUAUCUCAGCAUGCUUGACGCUCCCGAUAACAACGAGGAAAGCAAAGGCAAAUACAGCUGUCAGAUGUGCAUCUCGUGGCCGGACCGCCCGGGCUUCCUGGGCAAGCCGGAGCCAACGGAAUUCCCUCCGACUAAUGACGGCCGACUCAGUCUCAUCAGAUCGUUUGCCGAAGGCUGGUCGGAGCCAUUUCGAUCUCUUGCGCUUGGCAUCCCCACUGACACUGACGUGAAACACCUCGACCUCUUCGAUUAUCCUCCACCAAAGGGUCUUCGGUCUACAGGAAAGGCGGUGUUGAUGGGCGACGCCUUUCACGCAAUGGCCAUGUACAGAGGCGAGGGUGCAAACCACGCCAUCCUCGAUGCCCUGGAUUUUGCAGAAAACGUAGCGCCGAAAUUGGACGCCACCUUCGACGACCUCAGAGCAGCCAUGGACAUCUACGAAGAUGCCGUCGUUUCCAGAGCCCGGCCCGGCGUGCUAGCAUCGCGGCGGGCCUGUCUUGAUGCCCACGACUGGCCCAAGAUUAGCCCUACAAGCCCACUCCUCAGCAAGCGAGAGAUGAAGCUUCAGUUUGAUGAAGAGUAG